AUGCAUCUCACCGUGAUAAACGGGCCCUUCCGCACUGCGGCCCUGGGCAGCAGGAUCCCGUGCAGUUUGAGCCCAUUCAUUCUGUCAAGCUCCUCCAACACUGCUGGGGCGCCAACCAGCUCAUCGUUCCCCGCGUUGCACCAGCAAUGCAAGUAUAGCACUUCUCGAUCCCUAAGGACUCAACCGCCGCAACGGCAGCAGCGCCAUGCGAGUACUGGAUGCAGUGGACAGCCGCUCUUCAAGUUCCAGCACAAUCCGGCCUCGCGGAUCCCAGACCGUUCUACCUUUGCCCUGCUUCACGUCUCCGCCGCCGCCACCACCACCACUACUGCUACUUCCCCUCGUAAAUUCUCCACACAAGCUCCCUCGUCAUCAACGAGUUCGUCCGCAAGCAGCCCAUCCGCCCACAGCAGUACACCUCCCGAAAACUUGCCCCUCGAUUGGAACUCCUUCUUCCGCCUCCGUGCCUCUCGCCGGAAAUACUCGCUCGUCUCAUCCAUCAUAGCAUCUGUUUUCAGCACUGCUGGUGGCGUGCAAGUGUUUGUAGCGAAUAAUAUGGAUUCCAUAGGUGCGCAGGCUUUGGGCCUUGAUCCAUUCAUUGUCCUAGGUUUGGCAACUGCAUCUUGUGCGGCGUUGGGAUGGCUGCUUGGCCCGGUAUUGGGCAAUUCCCUCUGGGGCCUUGUGCAUAGGAAAUACAAGGCGGCUGUCGCAUUGAAAGAAAAGGAAUUCUACAGCCGGAUAAAGCGGUUCCGUGUGGACCCUUCUGCCAAUUCGUACUCCAACCCAGUCCCCGAUUACUAUGGAGAGAAGAUUGGCAGUAUCCAGGGCUAUCGCCAAUGGCUCAAGGACCAGCGUGCCUUCAAUCGAAAGAGGCGAAGUUUCCUCUGA